CUCUGACUCCGAUCCAUUGAUUUUAUUUUGUUCUCAGAUCCAUUAUUACAAUUUGCUGUUGCUCUGGUUGUGGGUGAGAGAGAAGUCGAUCUGAGAGCUCUAGAGAGAGACAUAGUUGAAGACUCUUGACUUGUAGACUCGUCUUCCAUCCUUUUCCUCAGUUUGAAUCCACAACGUGGUUUCAAAGCCACGCACAACUCUCACAGCUUCAUUAACUCUCCCUCUCACUUUCCCUCUUUUCUCAAACACCAAACACUUUCUCCUUCCACACCACAACAUGCCUCUGGAAUCGCCACCGCCGCUAAAACUGCUUUGGUUUCUCCUCUUCAUCUUAACAACCACCAAUGCCGCCGCCCUAAGAACAACAACUCAUGUUUUCAAAGAAGCGCCAAAGUUUUACAACUCCCCCAGCUGCCCUUCGCUCCAAAACGACUCCACCGUCUGCUCCGACGUGGCGGUCCACGUAGCGAUGACCCUCGACGCAGCCUACCUCCGCGGCUCAAUGGCGGCGAUCCUCUCGGUCCUUCAACACUCUUCAUGCCCGGAAAAUGUCAUCUUCCAUUUCGUCGCGGCGGCUUCUUCUUCGAACUCGAUACUUCUAACCCAAACCCUGUCGAGGUCGUUCCCUUAUUUGAAAUUCCGAGUCUACCCCUUCGGCGACUCCGCCGUGGCGGGGCUGAUCUCCACCUCUAUCCGGUCAGCCCUCGACUGCCCGCUCAACUACGCGCGCAACUACUUGGUCACUCUCCUCCCGCCAUGUGUCCGCCGCGUGGUCUACCUCGACUCCGACCUCGUACUCGUCGACGACAUUGCCAAGCUGGCCGCCACCCCUCUCGGGCCCCACGCGGUCCUCGCCGCGCCGGAGUACUGCAACGCCAACUUCACCACCUACUUCACGCCGUCGUUUUGGGCCAACCCAACUCUCUCCUUAACCUUCGAGGGCCGCGACGCUUGCUACUUCAACACAGGCGUCAUGGUCAUUGACCUCGACCGGUGGCGGGCCGGCGGCUACACGAACCGGAUCGUCGAGUGGAUGGAGCUCCAGAAGCGAAUGCGGAUCUACGAACUCGGGUCAUUGCCUCCUUUUCUCCUAGUCUUCGCCGGAAACAUCGCCUCCGUGGACCACAGCUGGAACCAGCACGGCCUCGGCGGUGACAACUUCCGAGGGUUGUGUCGGGAUUUGCAUCCCGGUCCGGUCAGCCUGCUCCAUUGGAGCGGCAAAGGGAAACCGUGGGUCCGGCUCGACUCGAACCGGCCUUGCCCUUUGGAUGCUCUGUGGGCCCCUUAUGAUCUGUUACAAACACCUUUCGCGCUAGAGUCUUAGAAAUUAAUUCAAUUAUUAAUUAACGCCACAAAUUACUCCAAAAUAAUAAAAAAGUGUUAUUAUUCUUUUUC